AUGGACGGGCUCUUUACGCUUGUAUGCCUGAGCCUCCUCAUGGGGGCAGCGUCGUUUGUCAUUGGAUCGCUGCCAUUGACCUUCUCUCUAUCGUCUUCUCAGCUUCGGCUCAUCUCGGCGCUGGGGAUGGGCCUGCUGGUAGGCACGUCUCUGAUAGUAAUUAUCCCCGAAGGCGUCGAGACGCUCUACAGCUCUCAGGUGAAACCGCACCAGCACGUCCACAACACACACCGGAGACGGGGUAUCCUAGCUCACGGCGUUGACGUUCGAUGGGACCAUGCCUCGGCCGUGGCGUCUAGUCCACGAGCUGUCGACGGGGUGGAGGCGCACUGGCUCUCUGUUCGAGAAGAAGCGGCUGCUCCCGAGGGUGAUAAGCCACAGCCUGACGGACCGGCAGAAGGAGGCGACGGUAAGGAGAAGCAGCAGCCUUCUGGCGAGAAGGGGGGAGGGAGCAUGGAGGAGAAGCCGCAUGGGCAUGAUGAGAGUGGUCCGCACGCUUGGAUCGGGGUCGGGCUGGUCAGCGGCUUUAUCCUGAUGUACCUGGUCGACAAGCUGCCGCAGUAUGCAUCUUCGUCCUCGAAACAGCAGCAGAGACCGUACCACAUCUCGCUGGACAACCUGGGAUCGGGCAUCGGUCGAGGAAUGUCACCUGCACGAACGGCCAACGGCACACGAUCUGGCGGCGGCGGCGGGUACAGCGCUGGUAUGGCGACAACCGCUGGACUGGUGAUACAUGCGGCGGCAGACGGCAUCGCGCUGGGUGCGUCUACCUCCAACACCGGGCUGAGCUUGAUCAUCUUCGUGGCGAUCAUGGUACACAAGGCUCCUGCGUCCUUUGGCCUGACGUCCGUCUUGCUGAAGCAGGGCCAUUCCACCAAGAGUGCCCGCGCACAUCUGCUGGUCUUCAGCCUGGCGGCGCCGGUAGGAGCACUGCUGACAUGGGUGAUUGCGCACACCAUACUGUCAGGCCAUGCGAGCGACGAGCAGAGCACCCGAUGGAGAACGGGCAUGCUCCUCUUGUUCUCUGCCGGCACAUUCCUCUAUGUUGCCAUGCAUACGAUGCAGGACAACCCUCUCGAGCCAGCCCGUCGAGAGUCUCAUGCGAACGGCUACGUUGAUGGGCGGGACCCACCGCAACGGCCAAAGCAGUCCAUGAGAGAUCUUGUUGCCUCCGUCGUUGGGAUGGUGAUGCCUCUGUUCCUGCAAAUCGGCCAUGCACAUUAA